GAAGAAAUAACUUUUGGAACAUUCAACAAGACAACAAAAUAUGACUUCCCCAUCAUCCACCUUCAGACCAAAUUAAGUUCUUCAAUCUUGUUUCCCUGUUUCACACACAUAUAUAUAUAUAUAUAUAUAUAUAUAUAUAUAUGUGUGUGUUUGUGUGCAGACGAUGAUGUUCUUACCAACCGAUUAUUGUUGCAGGUUAAGCGAUCAAGAGUAUAUGGAGCUUGUGUUUGAGAAUGGCCAGAUUCUUGCAAAGGGCCAAAGAUCCAACGUUUCUCUGCAUAAUCAACGUACCAAAUCGAUCAUGGAUUUGUAUGAGGCAGAGUAUAACGAGGAUUUCAUGAAGAGUAUCAUCCAUGGUGGUGGUGGUGCCAUCACAAAUCUCGGGGACACGCAGGUUGUUCCACAAAGUCAUGUUGCUGCUGCCCAUGAAACAAACAUGUUGGAAAGCAAUAAACAUGUUGACGAUUCUGAGACUUUGAAAGCUUCUUCAUCAAAGAGGAUGAUGGUUGAUUAUCAUAACCGAAAGAAGAUCAAGUUUAUACCUCCUGAUGAGCAAUCCGUGGUUGCUGAUAGGUCGUUCAAAUUGGGCUUUGACACUUCCUCCGUAGGUUUCACUGAAGACAGUGAAGGAUCGAUGUAUCUAAGCAGUAGUCUAGAUGACGAGUCAGAUGAUGCGAGGCCACAAGUUCCUGCAAGAACAAGAAAAGCUUUGGUCAAAAGAAAACGAAAUGCAGAAGCGUAUAAUUCACCUGAGAGAAAUCAAAGAAAUGAUAUCAACAAGAAAAUGCGUACUUUGCAAAAUCUACUACCUAACUCUCACAAGGACGACAACGAAUCGAUGUUGGAUGAAGCAAUCAAUUAUAUGACAAACCUUCAACUUCAAGUUCAGAUGAUGACGAUGGGUAACAGAUUUGUUACACCAUCAAUGAUGAUGCCUUUGGGGCCGAACUACUCUCAGAUGGGUCUAGCAAUGGGUGUGGGAAUGCAAAUGGGCGAACAACAGUUUCUGCCUGCACAUGUUCUAGGAGCUGGCUUGCCUGGGAUUAAUGAUUCAGCAGAUAUGCUAAGGUUUCUUAACCAUCCUGGACUAAUGCCAAUGCAAAACUCUGCACCUUUCAUUCCAACGGAAAAUUGUUCCCCACAAUCUGUCCCUCCAUCGUGCGCUGCUUUCCCUAACCAAAUACCAAAUCCCAACUCUUUGUCAAAUUUAGAUGGUGCAACCUUACACAAGAAAUCAAGGAAAACUAACAGAUGAAGGAAUUCUCCCUGGUAAAAAUCUGGAAACCCGUGAGCAGAUGAAGUAAACAGUGAUGAUUGUUACCUGCGGAUUCACGGUCUUCUUCUUCAUGAGUUAGUCGUGAGAACACUAGAGCCAUCUCAAGGUGAACCAUACAGAUCCACAAAAGCACUACAACGACAUCAGAACAACUACCAUGGAAGGAUCUCCUCAAGGUUCUCUUUUUUAGUGCCGGCUUUUCUAGUUCAUGUAACAUAUAGAUAUAGGAAAGGAGCUAUAAUAAUAACAAUAAUAAUCACGAGUACUAGUUUCCUUCGAAUGAAUAAGACUGCAUGUUAGAAACAUUAAUAAAUUAUCGAACACUAUCGGAGUGAUAAAAAUCAUAACUCGACGUUCCUCUCUGUUUAUGAAACAAGCUGCUGACUUUAUACAAUGGAGUGAAGCUAUUGUUUCUAGAAUCCAAACAAGAGGCAUAGCAUACAAAUACUCAACUCACUUUACCCGGUUCUAUUCUAUUUAUAUGAUACUGAGUGUAUUUCUUCACUAAGAACAACAGGAAGAGAAGAGA